GCAAGCCUCUUGUGAUCGGCGGGUGCGUACCGUAUAGAUCGACAGGCUGCUUCAUCUCCCUUCUAUCAUCCUCCUCUCAUAAAGCCCCCUCAUUGCCUUCCACCGUUCUCCAUACACAUCGGCGACAGUGGCGACACGCUCUGGGACCUUCACACGAGUCAUCCCGAUCUCCAUAAGCCACCAAUAUCGGGCUUAGACAGCGCUUGGUCAGAUAGGCCUUGCUGUCCCACGACUUAGUUUAUAAGACUGUCGUUCGCAUUCUGACGACUUCCUACAUCACUUCUUCAGUCUCCGGCAUACGCCAAUCAUCUACGAUGCCUCUCGCUCCGCCUCUUAACUUCAAGGCUUGGCUCGCCGAGAAUGGCGAUCGCCUUCAGCCGCCUGUGAACAACUUCUGCCUGUAUAGGGGAGGUGACUUCAUCGUCAUGGUCGUCGGUGGGCCGAAUGAGCGUAAUGAUUACCAUGUGAACGAGACGGAGGAAUGGUUCUACCAACACAAGGGCGCGAUGCUGCUUCGCGUCGUGGAUGAGGGGAAGUUCCGGGAUAUCCAUAUCGAGGAGGGCUCGAUGUUCUUGCUCCCUGCCAACACGCCGCACAACCCAGUGCGCUUCGCGAACACCAUUGGCCUCGUCUUGGAGAGGGAGAGGCCGGAGGGUAGCAUCGAUCGCCUGCGCUGGUAUUGCAAGAACCCGGAGCACGCAGAGCCUACGAUCAUCUACGAGGAGAGCAUGCAUGUCACGGAUCUGGGUACGCAACUCGCGCCCGUCAUUCGUCGUUGGCAGGCGGAGGAGGAUCUGCGGAAGUGCAAGGCGUGCGGGCAGGUAGCGAAGCCCAAGUAGAGGGAAGCCUCGGUCAUCGUGGGCGUGUCGAUCCCAUAGGUCAACGUGGACGCCUCUAGGUGCAUACAGGGGACGCGCCAUAAAGGCGUGACGCCCAAGUGUACGAUGAGGCAUCGAAUUUUAUUUGUAUGUACGAAGGAGAAAGAUGAUGAGUAGGACGGUCUAUCUUGUAUGUAUGAAUUACGAUGUAGAAUAUCGAAACGCGCUGUGGGUCCGAAGAGACAGAAAAACUAUGGACGCGGAAUACACAUGGGCAGGCACACUC